UCUAUUAUCGAAGCAGUUUCUGCCUAUCUUCAUACCGGACUGUUUUUGCUAAUAUCUCUGCAUGGGGUAAGGGAAGUUGCCAUGGCAAUUGUAAUCUAACGUCACUUCCGUUCGUUUUAAAAACCUCAAACAGUAUUUGCCGUCGUCCUGACUGAGGUAAAUAAACUGAAUGGAGAAAAUUCCCGUUUCUCUCAACCAUCACCUCACCACCCAAGAAGUGAGUUCAACAACCUAGCUAGCUCACAGAAACAUUUCUCACCCAGGACCUCGAGACAAUGGCUGAGUCUGUGCGCUCGAGCCUGCCGAACAGCGGAGCCGCAUCGAGUCGACAUGAGAAAAGUUUGGGGCUCCUCACAAUCAAGUUCGUGACUUUACUCCAAGAGGCGAAGGACGGCGUACUUGACCUGAAAGUGGCUGCAGACAGCUUGGCCGUGAGACAGAAGAGGAGGAUCUAUGACAUCACCAACGUGCUGGAGGGAGUGGGCCUCAUCGAGAAGAAAACCAAGAACAUAAUUCAGUGGAGAGGGGAGAACCUGGGCUGCCAGACAGCAGAGGUGCUGGAGCAGGUGGAGGUGCUGACAGCUCAGCUGUGUGAGCUGGAGGAGCAGGAGAAGGAGCUUGACAGCCAGAAGGCCUGGCUGGAGCAGAGCAUCAAACACAUGAACGAUGACCCCAUCGCCAGCAGGUAUAUGUAUGUGACCCACGAGGACAUCUGUGAUGCGUUCAGCGGAGAGACACUCCUGGCGGUGGUCGCUCCCUCAGGAACACAGCUGGAGGUACCGGUGCCUGAAACGGGUCAGAGAGGCCAGAAGAGGUACCAGGUGAAUCUAAGGAGCACGUCUGCGCCGAUCCAGGUGAUGCUCAUCAACAAAGAGUCUGGUUCCUCCAGACCCGUUGUGUUCUCUGUACCUCCCCCAGAGGACCUGUCUUCUAUGCCUACCCCACCCACCACCCCUGCGGACCUGCAGAGGUUCCCCCUGCCCUCUGACUCAGCCCAUUUCCCCAGCCCUGUGACACACCACAUCUCUGAACACAAGAUGGCGCCACUGCGGAGGCACGAUGAGGAUCUUACACCCUCCUCCACCCCACCAGACAUACACAUGGAAUGCCACCCUCAGGCGACUACUGGUCUAGCAAUGCAGCAGUUGGUCGGCAUGCCAACAGGUGUCCAGCAGCAAGGGGUUCUGGGAGGACACUUGGGCCAGGAGCUCCAGUCCAUGCUGGACGUGGGCAGCCUUCUGAAAUUAACCAACACAGGAGACCACAUGAAGGAAGAGAGAGAGGGUGUGGCUGACCUAAUAGAUGAGCUGAUGUCUUCUGAUGUGUUCCCUCUGCUGCGACUGUCUCCCAAUGCAGGGGUGGACUACAACUUCAACCUGGAUGACAAUGAGGGAGUCUGUGAUCUGUUCGACGUCCAGAUCCUCAAUUACUGAGGGACGAGAGGGCAUCAUGUUCGUACAAACAGCGGGUGUUUCUUUACUUUUCCCUAGCGUAGCAGAGGUUCUUCUGUCAUGUUUACAUUUCCUAAUUUAAGCCUACAUUGAGUUAUUAGUGCACUGCCUAUUCUGCCAAUGGUUGUACUCCUAAUAAUAUCCCUUUGGCAUCAACCCUAAACACUGACAUUUUCUGAGUCCCUAGAUAUUAGCGACCUAUUAUGACCUCUUAUUCCCAGCCAUCAGUCAUCUCUAGCUAUGGCUCUACCAGCCAUUACUAUCUGUCCAAAUGUGAAUUAUGAAGAAUGUAGCAGCUGAACCUAUCUGCCAGAGGAUGAUGAGGAUUUUAUCCGCUGUAUGACCGUAAUUGGUCGCCCUUUGUUUAUACCAGGAGUCACAGUGCUCAAAUGGGGGUCCUGAGGGAAGUUUCUCAUUCAUGUGUGAGGGGAAUACAUCGAGAGUCCAGACAAUAAUACAGCCAUACUUGAGUCAGGUGAAGGAAAACCUCUGCUACAUUCUAGAGGAAUAUUACAGUUAGCGAAGUGCCUGAGUGGAUGCAGCCAUGAUGUGGGGUUGUUGUUGGCUAUCCAAUGCACUUAUUUAGAUGCAUCUCUGCAUCGUCUUUGUUUGGACGACCAAAGUAUUUUCCACAACUGAAUCGCGUUGCGUUGACACCAGGGUUUUUAUUUUUCUGUAGAUCCUUUUGAUAUUUAACACCUCAAAUAGUCAUGUGAUGGUGUUCGUUGCUGACAUGGACACAGUUAUUGACGUUUCCGGUCGUGGAGAUGCUUGUUGAUCCAGUGUGAUUGUCUGUAAUUACGUCAGGUAGUAUUGAUUCUCACUGACUCGAUGUCUUCCUCAUCUCCACCAUGCAAUGUGAAGCGUCUUUCUGAACUCGAUCUUACUUAGUCUUAUUUAACUCGAGGCCUAACUGUAUGGAUGUUACUGUUUUGCUUUGUAAAUUAAUGUGACUGCUAAUAUUUUAGGCUUAAAUAUGUUAUUUCCCUUAACUAGUUAUAUUUGAAUAGAUGUAUAAUAUAGUUUUUUUUUUUUUUUACUUCAAUGAAAGAAAAUUAUUCUUGGUUGUAGUUAUUUUUGCAGGACUUGGAGCUGUUCAACUGCCUUAUGAUAAUUUGACCUGCCGUAUGACAAUUGGUCUGAAUUUUUAUAGACCAGAAUGGUGCCUUGUGUGAAGCGCUUUUGUAUAUUUCUAGUUUCUUGUCCUAAUCAAAGGAAUAUUGUUUUGUGUUUUUGUUAUAUUUUGUAUAUUUGCACAUUUUGUUGGACCAAAGUUUUAUAUUAAACACAUUCAAUUGCUGUGGGCUAAUGGUCAUGUACUGUUGAAAUGAGUUCUUAUGCAGUAGGUUGUAUAUUUGAUUACCUGUCAAUAACCGGAAUGUUACCUUACCAUAAACAUUUUACUGAUGGUAAUAAUAAACACCAACUUAAGUAUACAUUUUGAGUAAAUUAAUUACUAUCUGGUCCAUAGACUAGUAUGACAUCAUUCAGCUGUCCUUGCUUACUAUACACUUUCUGAGUAAGAAUGGUGUUUAUUUGUUGACAUUGUACAGAAAAAAAGUGUAAAAACAAGGCAUUUCAACAACAAUCUCCGAUGGUACCAGAUAGGGUGUCAGCAAAUACAAUUAAAAGUUUAGACUAGUUACUGGCUAGCUAGGUCUUCAGCCUGCAUGGAAUAAAAAAGGAGGAGGAGUCUUUCAAAACUCUGACACAGUUGUCAUGUCAACACAUCUGUCGCUGCUGCUGCUGUGAACCUCAUCACAAGAGACAAUUGAUGCAAUUGCAAUGUUUGAGUUGCUUUGUGUAUCACCAAAUUAGCAUGAGAUGAUUUUACUGCAACACUGCUCACUGCAUCCAAGUUUCUUGACAUAGGAAUUUCAGUAAGUAAGAUCCCUGCCCACUCAGCCUGUAUUUUCAACAUUUCUGGUAGAAAGAGUAGUUUUUCUCAAAUUUUGAGCAUUUCUAUGCCAAGUAUAGGGGAUAUUUUAGUCACUCAAAAGGCUAUUUUACACGUGAAUCCGAAUAACUGUUCUGGACCUUUAACAACUAACAAGUGUUUAAAAGCCAGUCUCAAUCUUGCUGCUCACUCGCAAUGGGGCGAAUUUCUGAGGUGGUAGCAGACAAGGAGCUGAAUAAUAAAUGUACCUAACAGAUUUCUUUAGGGUGGAAAGAGUGGGGAUGUUACUCAACAUUUUGUCCACAACAGAGGGUUUUGGCUAAGAGCAUCGACUGAUCAUGUAAAAAUGUGUAAUAUACAGAGCAGAUGCCUCAGGUUUUUUGAAAGGCUCACUGGUCUUUAGCAGGUGAAAUAAUAGAUUUUUCCUACCACACUCUUAAGGCAAAUGAAACAUGUUACAAACUGAGUAUUACGAACAAUGUCUCUGGGUCUUCGGGUGAUGCUGGUCUUUAGUGUCUUUAGUUUUGAGACUGAGGGAUUGACAUUGUUCCCAGGGCUGACAUCUUUAGAGAUUCCUCUGAUCCCAAGAAUAGUACUUUAGAAAAUAACACCCCAAUAGAGUACAUUUGUUCUGGCACCGGUGCGUCAAUCUAAGAAACAUAAUAAAAUCCCCAUCAAAAUCUGUCAGUUUAAGAUAGAGAUAUGUUUUUUUGCGUGGGCUGCGUCUCAGUUCAUUUCAUCAGUUCAUUUCAUCCGCCUAUGUCGCCACAGGAUAAAAAAUAAACGGAAUGGAGCUAAGCACAGGCAAAAUCCUGGUUCAGUCUACUUUCCACCAGACACUAGGAGAUUAAUUCACCUUUCAGCAGGACAAUAACCUAAAUCACAAGGCCAAAUAUACACUGGAGUUGCUUACCAAGAAGACCGUGAAUGUUCCUGAGUGGCUGAGUUACAGUUUUGAUUUAAAUCUACUUUGAAAAUAUAUGUCAGACCUGAAAAUAGUUGUCGUUCAAUGAUCAACAACAAAUCUGACAGAGCUUGAAGAAUUUUGGAAAAGAAUAAUGAGCAAUUGUUGCACAAUUCAGGUGUGCAAAGAAAGCUCUUAGAGACUUACCCAGAAAGACUCACAGCCGUAAUCACUUCUACAAAGUAUUGACUCAUGGGUGUGAAUACUUAUGUAAAUGUUAUAUUUCUGUAGCAGGUUAGGUGAAAUGGGUCACAUUUAGAAUAAAGGUUAGGGGAAGGGUUAGCUAAGAUGCUACAGUUAUCACUGACGCGACUCAAGAACAUGCAACCUUUUGGAUUGCUAGACGGUCGCAGAUUACACCCACCCAUCCUCCCUCACCAACCUCCCUAGUUUCGUUUCUGUCUAAAGUAACUAGAUCAUUUGUAGUUAUCACGUUCUGGAGGUGGUCAAAAAUACAUAUGAUAUGUCUUGUAUGGCUCUGAGGUCAGGCUGACCCACCCCACAUAAUGCAGCUGUUUUUUUAGAGAGUGGAGAAGAUUGACCUGUUUUUGGUAAAUUGUGGCUGACAUUUUGAGGAAUGAGUUAAUGAGAUUGUAAUUAGCGGCACCGCCCAUCCCAGAGGACUGCUAUUAGUACGAGUAACUUACAACUUCAAAUGGACAUUUUCUUAUCUCACACGAUUACAAUGUACCCUGGCCCCACUGACAAGUGUGAACUCCCCACCAUGCUAGGCCAAUCGAGAGGGUGUGUGUGUUUGCGUUCUGUGCAACCCUAUCAUUUCGCUUUAAUUAACAUCUGGAACUUAUCGUUGUUUUGAGAGAAAAAGACAGGAAUGUAAA